AUGUUUUAUAAAUCGUAGCGACAGACCCAGUUAUUACAUCGAUGUGUUGUACUACCAAUCUUGGAAUAUAAAGUUGUGACUUGCUAUUGACAGAAUGGAAAAACAGAUAUUAAUUUUUUCCUUCACAGUGCUCCUUGUUUCAUCCAUUUUUGCUAGUGAAAAAUGCCUGAAUAAAACAGAUCUCGAGUGUACUGGUCGUGUUCAUUAUAACGUGACACUGACAGCUUAUUAUCCUGUAUUUGAUAGUGACAACGAAUCAGAUUAUUUGGAUGUUAAGAUGAAGAAAUUGAGAACUCUGCAGGAUUUUCUUGAUGGGCGCACAGAAUUCGUAACCGUUUCAAUGGAUCUCGAUUCAGGGAUACCAUAUGGCACAAAAUUGUGUAUUCCAGAAUUAAAUGCAAAAUUUCUGCGACAGAUUCCACUUCAGGCUAGAGACAGAAGCCAUUACAACGAUGUUAAAACGAAUUCACCCGAUUUUUCUCACAUAGAUAUUUGCGUAAGAACAGAGGAAGAUACUUACGAUAAUUCAGUGAAUGGCAUAGUGACUCUCUAUGUAUAAAUUAUUUAAAAGAAUACUUCAUUGAUAUUUUUAUGAUAAUAUACAAAAUUAAAAUAAUUUAAUUAUCUUCUCUUUUAAAUUUUCCAUUAAAAAAUAUAUAUGUAUUAUAUAUAUAAAAUAAAUUAUAUAACAAUAUUUUGGGAUGGAAUUUAAUAUUUAAAUCGAGGACCAAUGUGGCCAUGUUUUUAUCAAUUCGUAUAGACUAUUGCCUGGACAAGAAGUGUGCGCUGUUUGUCGAUGGCCAAG